CACUCGCUCGCCCAAACCCUUGUCCUCAUUCUCUCUCUCUCUCUCUCUCUCUCGUUUUCUCGAUCUCUCGAUCGCUCGAUCUGCAGCCCUAAUUCCAGCGAAAGCGCUAGUGGGAAUUCGAUUGAUUCGAGGUUGUAUGUCCUUGUUCGACGCUCUCUGUUGGUGCGAUCUCAAUGAAAUUUUAGUUUCGUUUUUCCAUCUAAAACUUUUUUUUUAGGUUUUUAGUUUUAUUUUUAUUGAUUUUGUUUCAAGAUUUGGGAUUUUGAUUUGCAAUGGAUUUGAUCCAUAAUGAAUGGAUCUAGAGUUUGUUUGAGCUUUUGAUCGAAGGUUAUUGCAUCAAUGGGAGGGGAAGAAGACGCCGCGGCCGCCGGAGGCGGCCGGAAGAUCUUUUGGAGAUCAGCGUCGUGGUCUUCAUCCCGGACAUCGGGUUCAGAUGUUGCCGGCGAGAAAAGCUCAGAGAACGGGCAAAUACGGCGCUGCCCGGCGCCGCCUCUCACUCCCCGAUCUCAAAACUCCAAGGCCCGCUCUUGCCUACCUCCCUUACAGCCUCUUGCCAUCGCCCGACGGAGCUUUGACGAGUGGCCCAAGGCUGGGUCUGAUGAUGUCGGUGAGUGGCACCAACCCCCGACCCCUGGCGCCAAGCCGGCGGGCAGCAACAAGCCCGGCGAAGGGCUGAAGGUUGAUCUCCCCUCGAUCCACACUCAGUGCGAGAAAGACCAGAUUGCUUUCUUUGAUAAGGAGUGUUCUAAGGUUGCUGACCAUAUAUACCUUGGAGGUGACUCUGUUGCGCGGAACCGUGAGAUCCUCAAGGAGAAUGGCAUCACCCAUGUCUUAAAUUGCGUUGGCUUUGUCUGCCCGGAGUACUUCAAAUCCGAUCUUGUGUAUAAAACUCUCUGGUUGCAAGAUAGCCCGUCGGAGGAUAUCACCAGCAUAUUGUAUGAUGUGUUUGAUUACUUUGAGGAUGUGCGGGAACAAGGUGGGAGGGUUUUUGUUCAUUGCUGCCAAGGUGUUUCAAGGUCUACAUCCCUUGUCAUUGCAUACUUGAUGUGGAGGAAAGGGCAGAGCUUUGAUGAUGCCUUUCAAUUUGUGAAGGCCGCCAGAGGGAUUGCGAACCCGAACGUUGGUUUUGCAUGCCAGUUGUUGCUGUGCCAGAAGAGGGUUCAUGCCAUUCCAUUAAGCCCCAAUUCGGUGCUGAGGCUGUAUAGAAUGGCACCACAUUCGUCUUAUGAUGCUUUGCAUUUGGUGCCGAAGAUGUUGAAUGAUCCAUCUCCAGCGGCUUUGGAUUCGAGAGGGGCAUUCAUACUCCAUGUGUUAUCGUCUAUAUAUGUGUGGCUUGGCAAGGAUUGUGAACCGGUUAUGGAGAAGGACGCAAAAGCUGCUGCCUUUCAGGUUGUAAGGUAUGAGAAAGUGCAGGGAUCUAUUGUUACUGUGCUUGAAGGUGAAGAACCAGCUGCAUUUUGGGAGGCCUUCUCAAGUGUGCCAAUUUCUUCGGACAAUGCGACUAAUGCUAAGAAGGAGCAGAUCGAAUCAUCCACUAAGAUUUCUGUGGGAAAGAGAAGAGUUGAGUCCUAUGAUGCAGACUUUGAGCUUUUCCGAAAGGCUAUCACCGGAGGUGUCGUGCCACCUUUUCCUUCCUCUGGCCCUGGUCAGGAAACCCGUCUGCCAGCGAGAGAGAGCAAUUGGAGUAUAUUAAGGCGCAAGGUUGUCUGCGGAGCAAUUAGCAGGGUCUUCCCUGACUCUUCUCUUGUCAGAGAUUCUGAUCCCCGUGUUAGCAGAGUUCAGCGUUUAAGCUCAGAAUUGUUGACUUCACCACCUUAUCUUUCUCCCAGUUCACUUUCAUCUGAUUCAAGCAGUAGCUCAAAGUGUAGUUCUGAGUCUCCAUCAAUCUCUCCUUCUACAUCUCCUUCAACUUCACUUACACCUUCACCUGCCUCAUCUAGCCUGCCUGACACUUCACUGCCAGCAACAAAGCUUUUCCGGUUCUCAAAUACAUUUGGACGUUCAGAUCCUUGCUUGGAAAGUGGUCCUUCACCUUCAAAGGGUCCUGCAAAGUCUAUUGCUGAAAGACGGGGAAGCUUUUCCCUUCUGAAGUUGCCAACAUUGACUAGAAAGCUGGCGAAUUCAUCUCAUCCUUCGGUUGCAAAUCCACAGGAGUUUUCAGAGAACAGUGGCUUCAGCUAUGGUGUUAAUUAUGGUGACUCUUCCCCUCAUUGUGGCAAUGACUAUUUGGAGCCACAGGAUGUUGGUCCUCUGCAUGACACCCAAACAAUAUCCAGAAACACAGUACUAAAUGAUACUUGUCCGGUGUCGUCAAAUACAUCCAAAUUCCUAGUAUACCGUUGGCCCAACAUAGAAAGUAUAACAACAUUUGACAAAAAGGAUCUUGAUUCCAAAGCAUUAUUCUUUUUCUUAACUUCAGAUGCAUCUAGAAUUGGAGAACUCGGUAAGAUGUUAUACAUGUGGAUAGGGAAGUCCUUCAAACAAGCUGAUUUGAGAAUUCAAUCAAAUAGUGGAAAAGAUGUUGAUGAAGCGAAUGCAAUUGACUGGAAUCAAGUUGGCUAUGAUUUCCUUUCCCUCCUGGGUCUACCACAGGAUAUCCCUGUCAGGGUUGUUAAAGAAGAGGAGACACAGGAUUAUCCAGAUUUUUUCAGUUCUGCUUAAAUUCUUUAUAUACUCCAGGCCCCCCAGCAGAGCAGCAGUAGUUGAUGUCUUUUGUUCUCAAAGUAGCUUACCAUGAGGAGCCUUGUGGCAACAGAGAAUAGUGAGGAGUCUGCCAGAGAGACACACACAUGGCUGUACAAAGUCUGCUCCCCUGCAAUCUCAGAUUCAAAGAACUUGUAAUUCUUGAAAUCCCAUUGUACAUUUUUACGAACAGAUUCAUUUAGUCUUUGCUUAAAUACUUCAUCCAAGGUUAAGAACUUGUUAUUUCAUGCCUUAGGCUUAAUUCCAGUGCUACUGAAGCUGCAUUAGUUGUUACAA